GUUUUCCUAUUUCCCCCUUCUCUGUGUGCGUGUGAAAUGAGUGAUAAUGCUUAUACAGCCAAAUAUGAUUUACAAGAUUUGAUUCAACAAUAUAAAACACAGCCUGAUCUGCUAAAAUUAAUAUUGACAAGCAAAGUGGAAGAGGAUAAAAGAAGAGCAGAAGAGGCAAAGUUAAAAGCAAAAGAAUUGGAUCUUUUACUUCAACAACAAUCUUUAAAACGUAAAUCUUCUUUUCAAGAAGAAUCGAUUGAAAAAAGAAGACAUUCGGCUGCUGCUGCCAUGCUGGCCAUGGGUGGUGGUGGUGCAGUGAUACCAAAUCAACAACAACAACAACAACAGCAAUCUUUAGUGCAUUCUAUCAUUCAGCCAUUAUCCCCUAUCCAACAACGAUCAAGCAUUAGUAGUAUGAGUAGCGCUGAAGAUAUCUCAUCUGCCUAUCCUUCUCCUGUAGCAGAAGAAGAUGACUAUGUUAAAUCAUCCAGUAGAAGAAGACGAGAGAUGCAGGCAAUCACAAAAAUAGUAGAGACUAGAGAGCAUCCUUAUAUCGACAACUACUUUUGGAAGAACAACGGCAAUACUGUACAAAAAAAGACGGGCUGCAAAAGUGUUUAUUACAAGUGCUCAAAUAGCAAUAAGGGAUGCACUGUCAAUAAAACCGUGACCGCACGACCCAACGGUGAGUAUCUGAUCAAGUACCGUGGCUGCCAUUUGAAGGAAUGCGGCAAAGUAGAAAGGAUACGCGAUUUAUAA